UAAUCGUUAAAAGCAUAAAAUACUAUAGUCUUCAAGCAUUUAUCGCAUUCAACAAUGGCUUAUCGCCACAACCAGUCUUUUUUCUUGGUAUUACUUGUCACUUUGUCGUUAACAAGUAGCUAUGUAAUUCAAGCGGAAGCGCGCCAUCUUCUUGAAGUAACUAUGCCCGAGAUUCCUAAGCCUGAAUUGCCACAUCUCCCGGAAAUCCCAACUUUGCCUAAGCCUGAAUUCCCUGAAAUUCCAAAACCUGAGUUGCCAACUCUGCCAAAGCCACAAUUUCCUGAAAUCCCAAAGCCGGAGUUGCCAACAUUUCCAAAGCCUGAGCUGCCAGCGUUGCCAAAACUCGAGCUUCCUGCCAUACCUAACCUUGAAUUUCCAACUUUGCCAAAGCCAGAAAUCCCUCAGGUGCCUAAAAAGCCUUGAGUUUGAUGCGAAUGACAUCCUCUUUUAAUGGAAGCAGCAAUUUUGAAUGUUAGACUUCCCUUGUGUCAUGUGAUCAUGUUUUUUCUUUUUGUUAAAUUUUGUUGUACUAGAGAUAUUUCAAGCUUUCCUUUUGGAAAGAUUACUUAUGUGAUAUUCUGUCAUCAGUUGCAGCUUCUGUUGGAAGAAAUAUUUAUGUGAUUGUUCUAUCAUCAGUUCACUACUGUAUUUGUGUUUCUAA